UCCGCCUGUUUUGUCCAUGUGACGCUCAGAGGGAAGUCGGCGCGGCCACACUGUGUAUAUGAACGUGUGUUUAUGUGCGGGACAAGGUACCGGGCAAACCUAAGAAGACGAACUUAGAACCUACGAACAUGGAGGCCGCCGACGAGUUCAUGAAGUACCGCUCCCCGCUGGUGUCCAGAUACGCCAGCAAGGAAAUGGCCUACAACUUCAGUGACAGGAAGAAAUUCACGACUUGGAGGAAGCUGUGGAUUUACCUGGCCAAGGCUGAGAAGACUCUGGGUCUGCCCAUCACAGACGCUCAGGUCCUGGAGAUGGAAGGCCACGCAGAGGACAUUGACUUUGCCAUGGCGGCUGAAGAAGAGCGCAAGCUCAGGCACGAUGUCAUGGCUCACGUCCACACCUUUGCACACUGCUGCCCCACUGCUGCUCCCAUCAUCCACCUUGGAGCCACGUCCUGCUACGUUGGAGACAAUACUGAUCUGAUUAUGCUGCGUGAUGGGUUUGACAUUCUCUUGCCUAAGCUGGCCCGAGUCAUUGACAGACUGACAAACUUUGCAGAGAAAUACGCCGACCUCCCCACGCUUGGCUUCACACACUAUCAACCUGCCCAGUUGACCACAGUGGGAAAGCGAGCUUGUCUGUGGCUGCAGGACUUGGCUAUGGACAUGCGGAACCUGCAGAGGGGACGUGACGAUCUACGUUUCAGGGGGGUCAAGGGGACCACGGGAACCCAGGCCAGCUUCCUGCAGCUCUUUCAGGGGGACCACGACAAGGUGGAAGAGCUUGACAGGAUGGUGACAGAGAUGGCAGGUUUUAAGAAAGCCUAUCUGGUGACUGGUCAGACGUACAGUCGUAAGGUUGACGUCGACUGUUUGUCCAGCCUGGCCAGUUUGGGAGCUACUGUCCACAAGAUCUGCACAGACAUCCGCCUGCUUGCUAACCUGAAGGAAAUCGAGGAGCCUUUUGAGAAAGAGCAGAUUGGUUCCAGUGCCAUGCCCUACAAGAGGAACCCCAUGCGAGCGGAGCGUUGCUGCAGCUUAGCCCGACACCUGAUGGCACUGAUGGCCGACCCCCUGCAGACGGCGUCUGUGCAGUGGCUGGAGAGAACACUGGAUGACAGCGCUAACAGGAGGAUCUCCCUGCCCGAGUCCUUCCUUACAGCAGACAUCAUCCUCAGCACGCUGCAGAACAUCACAGAGGGUCUGGUGGUUUACCCGAAAGUCAUCGAGAGACACAUCCGUCAUGAGCUCCCCUUCAUGGCCACGGAGAACAUCAUCAUGGCCAUGGUGAAGGCUGGUGGAAACCGACAGGACUGCCAUGAGAAGAUCCGUGUUCUGUCGCAGGAAGCGGCGGCUGUCGUCAAACAGGAAGGCGGUGAUAACGACCUUCUGGCCAGAGUUCAGCAAGACCCCUACUUCGCCCCGAUCCUGGGCCAGCUGGACGCUGUGCUGGACCCCAAGACUUUUAUUGGCCGUGCUCCACAGCAGGUGGCCAGGUUCGUGUCAGAAGAAGUUCGCCCCCUGCUGGAGCCGUACAAGGCAAAGAUGGACGUCAAGAUUGAACUUGAGCUCUGAAACAAACACUG